AUGAUUAACUUAAGUUAAAUACUAGAAGGAGACAAUGGAGAGAUUACAUUUUUUGAGGAUACUAGUUAAGUUGAUUUGGAGGAUAUCCUUUAAGAAGACGAUGAAGUUAGAGAGCAACUCAAUCAUAUAAAUAGUGAUUCUCAGACUCUGGAGUGUAAUAUUCAGAAUAGUGAAUCAUUCAUAUGUGAUUAAGAGGAAUUCAUUUCUCCAAUUUAAAUAAUGUCUUUGGGACAUCAAUCUAAAACCUUUGCCAUCUCAACAAAUUAUUUGAUCAAUUAUUGGGAAAGAUAGCUUGCAUUAUUCUCGAAUAAUAAGAAUAACAAAACGAUACAAAUUUAGGAUGUGUCAUAUAUAUCAGUCAAAGGAUAAAUUAUAGCUGUUGGAUUCGAGAGUGGCUAAAUUCACAUAUAUGAAGGAAGCCAAUUAAAAUUAGCUCAUAAAAUACAGGAACAUCAAACCACAAUAAUAGGUUUGAAUAUAGUUGAUGUGUAAGCAAAUGAGUUAAUUUUGGCAUCCUCUGAUCUAGAUGGCAACGUCAAAUUGAUUAGAGUGGGUUAAAACCUAUUCAGAAGUAAAAUUGUAACCAAUACUAUAUUGAACAAGUUCGAAUAUCCAGUUACUCAAUUGAUAUCAUAGCAAUUUAAAUAUUCAGAUAGUGAUAAAACUAGUUUACUCUUGACUCUAGGAAAUAGCAACAUGGUUAUAACACUCUCCAUCAAUCCUGAAGUGAGAGUUGUCCAUGUUUUUGACAAACAGAAGUCAAAUAAUGAUCUCCAUUGGGGCAAAUGCAAUUAUGAAGGAAAUCAGAUACAAUUGUUAUCCAUUCAAUGGAAUUCAUUUAUUUAAUUGAUAACCUUUUUGGAAAAUUCGCCCUGGUAUUUUUCAUUCUAUUCUGCUGAAACUCCUUUAGUCGGGGCUAAAUUCAUCUCUGAAAACUUAAUCAUUGCUGCUACUGAGGGUUAAUUUCAAGUCCUUUACAUUCCUUAUUUCUCUAAAGGCAAAUAUUGUUUUAAAUCUGAUAGCAAAGCAAAGAUUUCUAACACUCAUUUCCAUCAAAACAUCUAUUGUCUAAGAGCAAUAAGCAACGUCAUCUACUUCAUUUCUGAAAAUAAGUUGUAUUCAUUGCAUGCUUUGAGUUGGUUACAAUAUUUAAAAUCGUUAAUUCAGAACGAUUCCCCUCAAUGGUCAAUAGCAUUAAGGUUUCUUGUCUAAGUCUACAGAGGUAAAGUGAAAGGUAUGCCGAACUUAGAAUUGGAUGAAGAUAGAAGUGCAAUUCAAACAUUGGCUCCUACUUUAAUUACUAGUAUUACCAAUUCUAAGAUGAAUAGAGAAUUGAUAUCAGCAGUUGUUUAAUUUAUCCUUCUUUGUCAAAUUCCAUAACAUUUGAUGAUUGUAAGAUAAGGAUGUGAGAAAUAAUAGAUUUUGGAUGAUUAUUAUAGAGUGUUGGAAAUUCAUUUGAAGAAAAUAACUUAAUUGCCAAAGGAGAUAUUUUUCGAUUUGGCAAACAAAUUCUCUCCUGAGUCUUUCUAGAAAUUAGUAAUUAAUUUAGAUUUGAAUUCUAUUGAUAUUGGAUACACAUAUGAUGUUUGUUUGAGUAAAGAGAUUUACACUCCAUUAUUAUACAUAUGUCCAAGAAAGGAAGAAGAUUUUCUAACUCCUUUGAACAAAAUGUAUGAGAAACAUAAACAGGAACUAUAUGAAAAAUGCUUAUGGUUUAUAGAAAUCACAUAGAAGUAAAUUCUGUUUCCGAAUGACCAGAUUCCAUUAGAAAUUUGGAAGAAAGCUGUAAGAUAAUAGAUGUUAUGGUUGAUGGAAGUACUGGACGUAUUUCAGAGUGAGAAAUUAUUCCAAAUACUUACAACAUAUCUUAAAUAACCUUGUCUUGGUGCAUUACAUCAUGAAUCAGUGUAUUCAUAUUUCAAUAUAACUUAAGAGAAUUUAUUGGCGACAAAGAUAUUUGAACAAGUGAGUAGCAUCAAAUAAUAAUACUUACUUUAAUAUCUAUUGUUUAUCAGUAAGAUAAUUGAUUAGAUAAAGGUCAAGGAUUCAGAGAAGUUAUUAUUACAGAUAUUUGAAAUCAAUAAAUCUUAUAUUGAUAAUUAUGUAGCUAUGCCUGAAGAUUUGGAUCAGAUCUUGUAAAUAAUUUAUUAUUUAAUGCCUCACACAUCAUUGAUUGAGUAGGCAUAUGAAAGCUAAUGUGUUGAUUACAUUGCUUAUUACUUCCUAUCUUAAAAUCAAUUCAAUGAAGCUGUUAAAAUAUUCUUUAAUUAUGAAGAAUUUAAACUUCGAGUCUACAAAUGGUUAGAAUAUCAACCCUAUGAUCCACUUAUGCUAGAUCAUCUUGAUAAGCUGCUUGAAUUGGAUCCUGAGAAAUGUGCCAAAGUCUUUUAAAGUUGGCCCAUAGAGACUUUAUAAAAACUCAUCAUUUAUCAGCCAAAAAGAGAAUUAUUACAUGUAUUCAAAUAUUUGUCCAUCGAUCUUUCUCAAUUUCUUUAAUUGAAACUAAUUGAAUUAAUCAGUAUUCAUGAACCAGAAAACACCAUUUCAUGGCUGAAGAACAGGUAAUAUUAACUAGAAGAUGUUGAACAAAUAUUCCAAUAAACUAAUAAUAUUGAAGGAUUAGGAUACAUAAUGGAGCAAAAAGGACUGUAUCAAUAGGCAAUCGAUAAUUACCUUUAGAUCUACAAAGAGGACUCUAGAAAUUACAUUUUAUCAUUUCGAAAUCAAGAUAGAGUUACUUAAUUGUUUUAGAAUCUAAUGAGAGUGACUAAGAUAGCUGUCUAAUCAGAUGAUAAUAAUUAAGAAUUCUAUUUAUAUAUAGCACAUCAAAUCUUUAAUCCAUUGAUGCAUUAAACUCAUUGGUGUAAACUCAAAAGAUCCUACGUGUUCAACCAGUAAUUUAGUCAGCUCUUCAUGCAUUUGUUCCGCUACUCUCCAACAGAAUUAAUCAAAAUAAUAGAGAUAAAUCAUGAGACAUUUAAUCAAGUCCAUUUAAAGAGUAGUUUUAUUACAGUUUUUAAAGAAUUCGGAUAUGAAAAGUAAUUAGUAGAAAAGAUAUCCAAGAUAAUUAGAAAUGAUAAUAUUAAAUUGCUUAAGUUACUAUAUUCUUUAAUGAACAAAUCGAAUCUAUAUGAAAUAAUAUGUAUAGAGUGUUAACAACCAUACACUUAGGAUUAGGCAAUUCUUUUAAAAUGUGGUCAUACAAUGCAUCCAUUUUGCCUUGAAAACAAGUAUUGUCCAAUAUGCUAAAAUAUAUCAGCUUAAUCAAUGCUUGAAAGUAUUGGAGUUGAAGAAUUAAAGAAGUCUAUCUUGAAAUCUAAUGUGGAUAAUUAAUAAUUGCAAUUAUUGAAAAAUGUUGAUGAUAUGGAGUUUGAAGAUAACUUAUUUUAAUCAAGUACUCAAGAUGAUAAAGAAAUGAUGGAGUUAAGGUUGUUGAAUAAAAUGGAUAUAUAUGAUUAAUUAAGUGAUUCAGCAUUGUAAUAGUACAAUUCUUUUUUGGAUUAAUAUUUUUGA